UUAGCUUUGUCCAGUGAGGAUUUGGUUAAUGACAUGGAACUGAUCCAACGCAUCGCUGGAGGCCUACUAAAAGGAGAAUUCUAUGAAAAAGCCGGCGACCUUUACGAACGCGUCAAUGAUGAACAAAAGGCAAUGGAAUGCUAUAGCCGAGGCAAAGCAUUUGGAAGAGCCGUUGAACUUGCUCGACUCGCCUUUCCUUCAGAGGUUGUUACGUUGGAAGAGCAAUGGGGAGACCAUUUGAUGAGCAUAAAGCAAUUGGACGCUGCCAUCAAUCAUUACAUCGAGGCUGGCAACACUGUGAAAGCGUUGGAUGCAGCGAUUGCCAGUCGUCAAUGGAGACGAGCUGUGCAAAUCAUUCAGGUCAUUGACAACCCAUCAGCCCUAGGAAAAUACUACGGAAAAUUAGCUGAGCACUUCACAUCUAUCGGAGAUCUUCAAACAGCGGAGAAGUUUUAUCUUGAUGCCGGCCUGCACAUGGAUGCGAUUGAAAUGUACAACAAAGCUGGACAAUGGGAACAAGCCCAUAGGCUAGCUUCGAAGUACUUGAGAAGUGACGAAGUUGCUGAAAUGUACAUCACGCAAGCUCAGAAUCUAGAGCUGCAGGGAAAAUGGCGCGAUGCCGAAAGACUGUACAUUGCUGUUGCCGAGCCGGAUUUGGCAAUAACUAUGUACAAGAAUCAUCAUCAGUUUGAUCAGAUGAUGAGACUUGUGUCACAGUACCAUCCCGAUCUUGUGGCUACAACACAUGUCCAUCUCGCGAAAGAAUUGGAGAAUGAAGGAACUUAUCAGCAAGCGGAGAACCAUUAUGUUCAGGCACAGGAGUGGAAAACUGCCGUCAGCAUGUACAGAAAUGCUGAAUUAUGGGAAGAUGCUUACCGGGUUGCCAAAAAUCAUGGUGGACCUCAUGCAGGAAAACAAGUGGCAUUUUUGUGGGCAAAAUCACUGGGCGGAGAUUCAGCUGUGAAACUCCUCAAUAAGUUCGGACUAUUGGAGCAAUGUAUUGACUAUGCUUGCGAAGUUGCCCUGUUCGAUUUUGCCUUUGAUCUGGCGAAAACAGCUAUAAAAGGCAAGCUCCCAGAGAUACAUUAUAAGCAUGCGAUGUCUUUGGAAGAUGACGGGAAGUUCCAGGAAGCUGAAGGAGAGUUUAUAAAAGCAGGGAAACCGAAGGAAGCCGUUUUGAUGUAUGUUCAUAACCAAGAUUGGGAAAGUGCGCAGAGAGUCGCCGAAAGUCAUGAUCCGGACUCAGUUGGAGAUGUUCUCGUUGGACAAGCAAAAGUCGCUUUCACGGCUCGGGAUUUUCCUCGAUUCGAGUCCCUUUUGUUGCGAGCACAACGUCCGGAGAUUGCCAUCAAAUUAUACCGGGAUGGUGGAAUGUGGACCGAGGCUUUGCGCUUGUGCAAGGAAUACUUGCCCCACAGACUGCAGCAGCUGCAGGACGAGUAUGACCGGGAAGUUAUGACGCAGCCGGGUCGGGACGGAAAUUCGUUGCUGAUACAAGCUCGAGACUGGGAAGAAUCUGGGGAUUAUCCCAGAGCCAUUGAAUGUUAUUUGAAGGUAACAACCGGAUCAGUUAGUGAUCCAAUGCAACUGGAAAAAGCGUGGUCGUCUGCUGGAAACCUUGCGUUGAAAUUCUUGGAUCAAGACAAGGCCAUGGAAGUGGUUCGAAGAGCAGCUGGAAAUUUGAUGCAACAUUCACGAUUCAGUGCGGCGGCGCAACUUUUCCUGGGGGCGGAUAUGGUGAGAGAAGCCAUUGAUGCUCUGAUAGCAGGAGAAGAAUGGGGCAAAGCGAAAAAAGUUGCCAAAGAACUGGAUCCACGAUUUGAGCCGUAUGUCGACUCCAAGUACAAGGACUUUCUGAAGAACGCUGGCAACACUGAGCAACUGGCCAGCGUCGAUUUGAUCAGCGCUUUGGACAUGUACGCGGAACGCGGGGAUUGGCGCAAAUGCAUCGAAACUGCGGAGCAAAAUGGGCAGCAGGUUUUGCAGAAAUAUCUGGCGCUGUAUGCGACGCAUUUGGUUCGGGGCAUGGGUUGGGAAAACAUGGCGUUUGUGUUCUUCAACCACUUCUUGGAUUUGUGCGGAGCUAUCGAGGACGGAAACGCGGAUGCUUUGGAUCAUUCAGACUUCAUCGACACAGACAUCCCAUUCGAGAUUCCGUUACCCGAAAGAGUCAGUAUUCCAGCAGAGAAGCAAGAAGAGGCCAAGGAAUGGGUUCUCGCCGUGUCCAUUGACCAGAAGGUCGAACAGAUAUUGCCGAUGGACGAAAGAUCGGCUUAUGAGGCAUCAUUAAGAUCUCCAGAUGGUCAGAUAUUGCAACCUUGCAUCAUAUCGGGUUACCCGGUUUUGCGGAACAAGAUCUCCUUCAAGAAAGACAAUCGUGUGGCGAACAAGGAAGAGUGGAACAGGUUGAUGAUGGAGUCGAAAAUGUCUCCUUCGUCGGAAAUGAGUGACUUGCUGGCUUUCAUCGCGAAAUGGGCCGGUGAAUCUGCUGGACCGUCUUAUUCGUUCAAGUGAAGCUGCGGGCGAUUGUUUUUAGCGAUUUCUGAGCUGAAAACUCGUCUGAUGGGAAGAAACGAGUGGCACAAAGGUUGAAUUUGUUGAAAAGAAUUAAUUUUGUUCAAAUUAGCUAAGUAGUCUUGAUUUGUGCUUUAGAAUCAUUGUGUUCCUGCCACGCGUGUGUUAUCUGAAG